AUGUCUGAGCUGCGCUUUGACAACCAGACCGUCGUCGUCACGGGUGCUGGUGGUGGUUUGGGUAAGGCAUAUGCUCUGUUUUUUGCCUCAAGAGGAGCAAGCGUUGUGGUCAACGACCUCGGUGGCUCUCACAAGGGCGAGGGCCAGUCAAGCAAGGCUGCCGAUGUGGUUGUUGAAGAGAUCAAGGCUGCCGGCGGCAAGGCCGUGGCCAACUACGACAGCGUCGAGAACGGUGAAGGCAUCAUCAACACAGCUAUCAAGAACUUCGGCCGAGUAGAUAUUCUCAUCAACAAUGCUGGUAUCCUCCGGGAUGUCAGCUUCAAGAACAUGAAGGACCAGGACUGGGAUCUCAUUAACAGAGUACACACAUAUGGUGCAUACAAGUGCGCACAAGCUGCUUGGCCUCACUUCCGGAAACAAAAGUUUGGCCGUGUCAUCAACACAGCCUCUGCUGCCGGUCUCUUCGGUAACUUCGGACAGGCCAACUACUCUGCUGCCAAACUCGGCCAGGUCGGUUUCACCGAGACCCUUGCAAAGGAGGGUGCCAAGUACAACAUCAUUGCCAACGUCAUCGCCCCCAUUGCCGCUAGCCGCAUGACUGCUACCGUGAUGCCUCCUGAGGUCCUGGACCUCCUCAAGCCCGAAUGGGUUGUUCCCGUCGUCGCUACUCUGGUCCACUCAUCCAACACAACGGAGUCCGGUUCGAUUUUCGAGGUUGGUGGUGGCCACGUGGCUAAGAUUCGCUGGGAACGUGCCAAGGGUGCUCUAUUGAAGACUGAUGCAUCCCUCACUCCCGGUGCCAUCGCCAGAAGAUGGAACGAUGUCAACGACUUCUCGAAGCCCGACUAUCCUACAGGACCCGCCAACUUUGUGGAAUUCUUGGAAGACGGCCUCAAGUUGCCUCCCGCUCCUUCUGGAGCAGAGCCCGACUUCAAGGGCAAGGUUGCCCUUGUCACUGGUGGUGGUAACGGUCUUGGCCGUGCUUACUGCCUUCAGUUCGCCAAACUCGGCGCCAAGGUUGUGGUUAACGACUUGGUUGACCCUGAGCCUGUUGUUCAAGAGAUCAAGAAGUUCGGUGGAGAGGCCGUGGGUAACAAGGCCUCUUGCGAGGAUGGCCCAGCUGUCGUCAAGACUGCCAUUGACACUUACGGGCGUAUCGAUAUUCUGGUCAACAACGCUGGUAUCCUGCGUGACAAGGCUUUCACUAACAUGACCGAUGAUCUGUGGAACCCUGUUGUUAACAUUCACUUGCGCGGAACCUACAAGGUCACCCAGGCUGCGUGGCCUCACAUGUUGAAGAACAAGUAUGGUCGCAUUGUCAACACCGCAAGCACCAGUGGUAUUUACGGCAACUUUGGACAGGCCAACUAUGCUGCAGCGAAACUCGGUAUCCUCGGAUUCUCCCGAGCUCUGGCCUUGGAGGGUGCCAAGUACAACAUCAAGGUUAACACCAUUGCUCCCAACGCCGGUACCAACAUGACCCGAUCAAUCAUGCCUGAGGAGAUGGUCCAGGCCUUCAAGCCCGACUACGUUGCGCCUUUGGUCGUUCUUCUCUGCUCCGACGUUUGCCCUGAGCCCUACUCCACCAAGGGCCUGUUCGAGUGUGGUAGCGGUUGGUUCGGCAGCACUCGCUGGCAGCGCAGCGGUGGCCACGGCUUCCCUGUCGACAUCAAGUUGACUCCCGAGGCCGUUGCCAAGGAGCUUGGGAAGAUCACCAACUUCGAUGACGGCCGUGCGGACCACCCCGAGGAUAUCCAGGCCGCCAACGAGAAGGUGAUGGAAAACUUCAACAACCGUAGCAACGGCGGCGGCGGCAACGACAUUCUGACCGCCAUCGAAGAGGCUAAGAAGGCUACUACCGACGGAACCGACUUCGACUACACUGAGCGCGAUGUUAUCCUUUACAACCUGAGCUUGGGCGCCAAGCGCACCGACCUUCCCCUCGUCUACGAGAACAACGACCACUUCCAGGCCCUCCCCUCAUUCGCUGUUAUUCCUUGGUUCAACACCACCACCCCCUGGGACAUGGGCGAAAUCGUCAAGGACUUCUCCCCCAUGAUGCUUCUCCACGGUGAACAGUACAUGGAGAUCCGCAAGUUCCCCAUCCCCACCGAUGCCCGCACCAAGACCUACCCCAAGCUCAUCGACGUGGUCGACAAGGGCGCCGCUGCUCUCGUUGUCGCCGGCUACACAACCAAGGACGCAUCGACAGGCGAGGACCUCUUCUACAACGAGUCCACCGUCUUCAUCCGUGGCAGCGGUGGUUUCGGUGGCUCUCCCAAGCCCACUGCCGCCCGCCCCAAGGGUGCCGUUGCCGCCUACAAGCCUCCCCAGCGCAAGGCCGACGCCAUCGUCGAGGAGAAGACCUCCGAGGAUCAGGCCGCCCUCUACCGUCUCAACGGCGACCGCAACCCUCUCCACAUCGACCCCGAGUUCAGCAAGGUCGGUGGCUUCAAGACUCCCAUCCUCCACGGCCUCUGCUCUCUCGGUGUAUCGGGCAAGCACGUCUUCUCUACGUUCGGCCCCAUCAAGAACCUCAAGGUCCGCUUCGCUGGUGUCGUCUUGCCCGGCCAGACGCUCAAGACGGAGAUGUGGAAGGAGGGCAACACCGUCCUCUUCCAGACUACCGUUGUCGAGACUGGCAAGCCUGCUAUCACGGGUGCUGGCGCGGAGCUGCUCGAUGGUGCUAAGGCUAAAUUGUAA